CUGGUGCUCUUCGUGCUGCUGGCCAUGCUGUCAGCCAACAGCUCUGCCUAUGGGAGGGUGAUACAGCCUGGACUCAAGCCACAGAGCUUCUUCAAGCAAGCAUAUACAGGAUGCCAGCCCCAUAAAGACUCAAAAUUCCCUCAAACUGUGAGAGUCAACAUAAGCAUCAGCACCACAGACCAGGACUCCACAGCAGCUCCUGAUGUCAGCAGCCGCUCUCUGGCUCCAUGGGAUUACAGGAUCGAUGAGGACUACAACCGCUUCCCCCAGUUCAUUGCUGACGCCGAAUGUCGCCACUCCAGAUGCUUGAAUGCCCACGGGCAUCUGGACCACAACCUCAACUCCGUGGCCAUCAAACAGGAGAUCCUCAUCCUCAAGAGAGAGCAGAAGGGCUGCCACCAAUCAUUUCGACUGGAGAAGAAAAUGAUCACUGUGGGCUGCACCUGUGUCCUCCCCAGGAUCCAACACCAGACUUAA